CCCACAUGUUAGGAUCGUGUGAUCGCGUUACUGUCUGGUAUUAGUUUUAACACGAUCGCUUAAGUAGGGAGCGUAUAUACAAUCCAUUAACAAGUAUAUGGUGAAGGAGAGAGCUCUUGAUUAAGAUACACAAUGUACGAGGGUAUUGCUUGUUUUUACGCUUCCUAAACAGGAAGUUGUGACUUUUUGGAAUCAGCAUUGGAGAUAGAGAUACAAACAUAAAGAAGCUAGAGGUGUUGACAAUUGACAGUUUAUCUUCGAUUUAAUCUGAAGUCUACAGGAUUCGGACACUGAACUGGAGCAGUCUGAAAUUAAGUAAUGGCGACAGGAGAGUCAACACAAUCAAGUGAUCAGACAGGAACCAUGUCUUCAUCUAUACCACUACACAAUGCCGUUCGUCGGAGAAAUCUCGAUCAAGUACAGGAGCUGGUCAUGUCUGGGGCGGACCUUGGGGCCAGGGAUGGUAAAGGACAGACCCCUUUGAUGUGUGCCAUAGCUUCAGACUGUAGACUGGCCGCUGAUUUUAUUGCCAAAAAGAUGACUUUCCAGGACCUGAAUGUGGUAGACAAUGAUGGUUACAAUGUGUUUCAUAUGAUGGCUUUCUUUGACUGUCGGUGGUCACAGAUGAUGCAGGACAUAUCUGAUGUGUGUCCGACUUUAUUUCGACAGAAGGACAGAGCUGGACAAAGACCAAUAAAUAUUGCAAGUGUUAGAAGUCGAUAUGUUUACAGAAUUCUCGAACAAUUCGAGAGAGAACAGCAGAAAAAGCAGCAGCAGCAAUAUACGACAGGAAUAGCUGAAAAUGAAGAACACCCUUGUAACAUUACUAUUACUGUCGUUGGUCAUAAAGGGGUUGGCAAGUCAUGUUUCGUCCGACAACUCAAAAAGGAAAAUAUCCCAGAAGGCGGACCUGGCUCGACGGAUACCGCUGAUGUAUUUGUAAAUUAUGUUGGCUACAACCCGAACACAGGAUUCCGACAACAACUUAAUGAUGAUGGGGAAGUCGAGACUGGUCGUCAGCGAUUAAAACGGCUCAUUGAUCAACACCGGAAAGAGCAAAAUAUCGCUGUUAAACCGUCUGCAGAUACAUCAGAUCGACUUCCUGGACAAAAAGAAGGGUCUGCCAGUCCACCAACUCCACCAACGGUGGAUGCGUCGGUGUUGCCAGCCAGAAACAAGACUGAUAAAGAAGAAGUUCAACAAGAGACGGUACCUCAAGAACAAAGAAGAAAACAAGUUUCCACUUCAGAAAAUACAAUUCAAAAGAAAAUACCAAUGGAACAGAAGAAGGUUAUACAGGCGGUAAUGCGCACCAAAUUAGAUUGUGACGGUGCAGAAGAGGUGAAGGGCUACGUCACAAUAUAUGACUUUGGGGGAGAGAAGGUGUUCUAUAACACUCAUCACUGUUUUAUGUCAAGCAACAUGGUCUUCGUCCUGGUGUUCGACGUGGCUAUGUGCUUAGAUCCAAGCCGAGCAGAAGAUGGUUACGAAAGAAUCGAGUUCUGGCUGAGGUCUAUCGCUACGUAUGCUAUUGACAGAGCAGCACAUGGUAAAGGAUGCCCUCCUAUCAUCCUCGUGGGAUCUCAUUUGGACCUUCUUUCUCGGAAUAAAGAAGAACAGAACAGGUUAUUUACCUCAGUGCUAGAAAAGCUGUACAAGAAACCUGAACUACGUGAAAUUAUAGAAACCCACGUCCAGGAAAUGUUCCCCAUAGCAGAUCUGAAUGAUUCUACUAAACAUGCAGAUGUGUACCAGCGGGUGUGGACCAAGAUUAUAGAGAUUGCCCCACUCCAAUCUCAAUGGAUGAAGCCUGUACCUGCAAGAUGGGUUGCCUUGGAAUACGAGCUGGUGAGACUGAAGAACUCAGGCAUGGCUAUGUUGACGUAUGCCAAAUUGUUGGGAAUCAACAAGAAGUUAGCAGUGCCUUUAGUAGAAGAUGACAUCAGAGAAUUUCUAUGGAAACUCAAGUUUUUCGGAUCAUUCCUGUGCUUUGAUCUUCAUAGCAAGAGACCGUUCAUCAUUUUGCAACCACAGUGGAUAAUAAAUGCAUUCAAAUCCAUCAUCACCGAUCCAAGGUUCAUUACAGAACUAACAAUCAAGCAAAAACUUGAGUGGACAGCAUAUGAAAAAUCUGGUGUUUUACCAGUAACAUUUAUCAGGCAACUUUGGGGACGACACGAGGAAUUUCGAUUCCUUGAAAAGGCAAAAUAUCUGUAUAUUGCAUUGGAAACUCUCGGUUUACUGUCCAAACCACUGUCUGUAGACGCAGAGGUGAAUUACUUCAUAGUGCCUAGCAUUCUUCAAAAUGCAGAUCCCAAGAUAAUUUGUCCAGUUCUUGAUGAUCCUGACACGGUCAAAACUGUCACUCUUUGCCUCAAGUUCGAUAAUCCUUUCAUCCCCCAGGCCGUCUGGGACAAGAUGAUUGCAGCCUGUAUCCACAGGUUUCAGCGACUUGAAGAGCCCGAUCUUGAUGGUUCAAAGUUCAUCCAACGAGGAUUUGCCUGCCUGUCUGUGGAUUGUCUGUGGAACAUGAUCAUCAACUGUUGCAAAGAUAGCAUGAAGGUUACUAUGUUCAAAAAGGAUACUGAUCACUCAGUUCCAACAGGAACUGGGAUUAACCUCCUCAAUAUUUUAAAAUUUCUUCUCCAAAGGAUUCUGGAGUUGAAUCACCAAAGCCAUCUAGGAUACCGUUUCUACCUCCACAAUGACUUCCGGUUCGCAGCAGAUGACAAGAUGGCGAAGGUUGAGGACCUGCAACAAGUACAGCGCCUGCAAUGCUACGGUUCAAAUGAAUCUAGAUGGAUAGACAGAAACGACCUCUACAUCUGGUUCAUAAACCAAAAUCAGAAGACACAACGGACUCACAUGCGUCAAGUUGACUUGACAAAGGCUUUACCAGAUAGAAAGCUAUCGUUUAAAGAGAUUGGUAGAGUCUCGAAAUAUAUCGGCAGUACAUACCAAACGUUCUUUGCCGAAUUGGAUUGUCCAGUCGCGCUAGUGGAGCAGGAGAUGGAAGAGCACCGCCACCUCUCAUUUAGAUCUCGCAUAGCAAAGAUAUUCGUUCACUACCUCAGAACGAAGGCGGAUACUGGAUUCCUGGCUAUAGCAGAUGCAAUGUCGCGACAUCGAAUGGACCCCUCCAUGCUCAUGGACAUUCUGGACUCCAACAGGAAUGUGAUGUUUAUAGACGAGACAUUGCCGGCUGAAUGGUUAAAGAAGUGUUUGUCUGGCGAUGAUGUUCUGAUCAUCGCUGAUCAUGUAGACAUCAAGUCAUAUUUCAACCUGUUCCUCGAACUUGGAGUCACGCCCAAAACAGUGGAUGAGUUUGACGUCAACUACAGAAACAAGAAAAUUCGAGCGAAGAUCACCGCUUUACUGGAAGCUUUCAUUAAAGAGACCAAUCCCCGCCCAACUGUAAAUGCAAUUCUCCUGGCGAUGCAGGAAUGUGACAUGGACACACAAUCCCUUACUGCAGCACUUAAACCUGCAUAGGUUAAGGACUCAAGCAUGGUUCUAAUACCGGAUAACUGAUGUAUGUAACCUUAUAGAUGAUGGUCUGCUCUGUUUUUCGCGGACUGGUCCUUGUGUGGUUUUUUCUCUCGGCGCAGUUUUAGAAUAUAAUGGAAAAAGACAUUUUCCGAAGGACCACUACGUGUACAAUUUAAUAAAAAAAUCAUUUCAUCAAAGUCAAUAUUCUAUGUUUAUUUUAUUUCAAUGGGCGAUUAGUGACGUGUUGUACAGAAACCAUCGGAUCGAAUUUCAAAUUCUAUUAUGUAGAUAGCAAAAAGCAUUAAUUUUGUUAAAUACUGAUUACGAUUGUCGUAUGCAUUUAAUGUGACAUUAGGUGUUGAGAACAUAAAUGAUAUUUAUAUUUGCUGUAAAUAUGAUGAAAGUUUGACAAAAAUGUUUAUUAG